CGUGCGUGGCCAGGAGCGAUCACCGAGGGGCUGCAGCGCUGCGCGCACAGGACACCGGUCGCCCGGCGGCGGGCACCCGACGGCGUUGCCCCUGCGCCCCCCUCACUCCGGCCCGCGCCCUGUCCGGUACCCGCGCAUCCCGGGCUCCCGAUGGCCCCCGAGGCCGGGGCGUCCCCGCGCCCGCUGCCCUGGGCGGCGCUGCUGCUCCUGGCCGUGCUGCUCCCAGUGGCCUCCUCUGCGGGGCCCCCAGUUGAGCACCCACUGAAGCCAAGGCAUGUGAAACUGCUGUCCACUAAAAUGGGCCUGAAGGUCACAUGGGACCCACCCAAAGAUGCUACCAGUAGACCCGUGGAGCAUUACAACAUUGCCUAUGGGAAGUCACUGAAAAGUCUUAAGUACAUCAAGGUGAACGCGGAGACAAACUCCUUCCUUAUUGAGGACGUGGAGCCAGGGGUGGUGUACUUUGUGCUGGUUACUGCAGAGAACCACAGUGGAGUGAGCCGCCCCGUUUACAGAGCCGAGAGCCCACCCGGAGGUGAAUGGAUCAAGAGUGAUGGUUUUCCCAUUAAGGGUCCGGGACCAUUUAAUGAGACCGCCACAGAAAAGGAAGUGCCCAACAAACCCAUGCGUGUGCGUGUCCGAGCCUCAGACGACAGGCUGUCCGUCGCAUGGAAGGCACCACGCCUGUCUGGAGCCAAGAGUCCACGCAGAUCUCGGGGUUUUCUUCUGGGCUAUGGAGAAAGUGGCCGGAAGAUGAAUUACGUCCCACUGACCAGAGAUGAGAGGUCACAUGAAAUUAAAAAGCUCGCCUCUGAGUCGGUGUAUGUGGUCUCUCUGCAGUCCACCAACUCCCAGGGGCAGAGUCAGCCCGUCUAUAGGGCUGCCCUCACAAAACGCAAGAAUUCAGAAGACAGUGAGCUGGAUCUACCGGAAGAUAUCAGUGUCCGGGUCAUGUCAUCCCAGUCCGUGCUCGUAGCCUGGGUGGAUCCUCUUGUGGAAAAGCAGAAGAGAGUGGUCGCGUCCAGACAGUACACUGUGCGCUACCGAGAGAAAGGGGAGUCGGCCAGAUGGGAUUACAAGCAAGUGUCUAACAGGCGAGUGCUGGUGGACAGCCUGCUCCCAGACACCGUGUAUGAAUUCGCAGUCCGGAUUUCACAGGGCGAACGAGAUGGCAAGUGGAGUGCAUCCAUCUUCCAGAGAACACCGGAAUCCGCUCCCACCACAGCGCCUGAGAACCUGAACGUUUGGCCAGUCAGUGGCAAGCCCACUGCUGUCACCGUGUCCUGGGAUGCACUGCCGGAGGCUGAGGGGAAAGUGAAAGAAUACAUUCUUUCAUACGCCCCGGCCCUUAAGCCAUUUGGAGCAAAGUCCCUCACCUUCUCUGGACACACCACUUCUGCCAUGGUGGACGGCCUGCAGCCUGGGGAGCGCUAUCUGUUCAAAAUCCGUGCCACAAACCGGAGAGGCCCGGGGCCACACUCCAAAGCCUUCAUUGUUACUAUACCAACAACCAGUUCCACAGAGGCCAGCACGCACCAGGAUGGGGAAAACAGCAGGAAACCCGAGAGACCUCAGCCUACAUCCCCUGCUCCCAAAGCCGCAACUUCUUCAGGACACACUUCCCCAGCCAAAAAUGCCAAGGAUAUCCUCCUUGACUUAAAGAACAAAAUCCUGGCUAAUGGCGGGCCACCCAGGAGAACCCAGCUUCACUCUACAAUGGGAGCGCUGGAUCCGCAGGCCACGGAAGACACUGGUGAGGAGGAAAUGGAUUCCCUUGAAGAUCCUCGUCCAUCACGGUCGCAGACCCUAGACCAGAGGCGGCCCCUGAGGAUACCAAGCAGAUCUGGUCAUUGGGUUCCAGCUCCCGGCAGGACUCCAGCAAAGGCUGGACUGCCAGUGCUGUCCCGCAAGGAAGGGAUGGAUAGGCGUGGCCCCUCACUGGUUCUGCACCCUCAUCCAGGGACUGAACCUUCAGUGACCGCCUCUUCUACCCAUCCCAUUACAGACAACGAUUCUGUGAGCCAAAAUGAGGAUGAUCAAGAAGGCUCACCGGAUCCUAAAGCUGCUUUGUCCCACUCACCUAAGAAUCCAGUCGGGUCCAAGCCCACCCGGAACCCUACCCGCCAUGUGGCUUCUAACAUGCUCCCAGUUGCAAAAGCCGAGUCGUCUGCAUCGCGGAGUUCCCAUUCCUCCACCAGCGAGGAAGAUUCUAGUGCUGCAGCCCAACAGACCCGACCCGCCUUGGGACACUUCAGCUUGACACGGAACAAGCCCUUCGCUGCCCACAGCAGAACUCCAAACAGAUUCCCCAGAUUCCGGGGACUAAGGCUGCAACCCUCUGUGUCUCCUCAGUCUACUUCAGCUUCGAAAGUCCUCACCAGAGCUCCCUCACAGCCUGCAUCCCACACCAGGUCUGGCUCCGAUGUCUACGGAGAUGGCGAGGACGAAGAGCCGCUUCCAGCCACUGUGGUCAACGAUCGUACACCUUCCUCCUCCAGGCACCCGGCCUCUGUGGGCUGGGACGCCCUAAGAAGAGGCCCCCAGAGAGGAGCCAGCUCGUACAGGAAGGAGCCCAUCCCAGAAAACCCCAAAACUGCUGGAGCAGAUGUAUAUCCUGGGGGCAAAUCCCCUCUGUCCUCCAAGACACAGGACUUGCAACAGAGUACCCAUGAGGAUGCUCACCGAACACCCCCAGGGUCUACCAGCCGCCAGUCGUCCCCUGCUCGGCUUCCAGCAUUGAGAUCGCAGCCCUACCCUGGGUCCACUGUUCCCAGAAGACUGGCACCUGGCCGCAGCUCAGAGGUUUCUAGUUCUCAGAGUAAGGAUAAUGACAGGUCACUUUCUCAACCCAAGCUGUCGCUUGAUGACACAGGGCGGGAACUCUCACACACACCCAACUCGCGUGGGAUGCUGCCCUCGGCUUCCCAGAGUCAGGAUGAGGACUCCCAAAUCGAGGCCCCGGAUUCCACUUUCAGACAUCGGCAGGCGGGCCCCCAGCCAGGAAACACUAACAGCAGCCCUCAACCCAGCCGUGUGAGACCCAGCCGGCCUGGCAGCCCCUAUCACCGGGCCCAGGUUUCCGGCAGGGCUGGGGUCCAGGCCACGCCAGUGAAGAAGAUCUCGCCUUCUAAGGGCCCCCUACUGCCUGAAUCUCAGCAAUCAGUCUUCACUGAGGAGGAGGAAGAGGAAGAGGAAAAGGGAGGAAUUGUAAAAGGCAAGGAAGACUCUCUGACUGCCUCGGUUUCAAAGUGGCCUUCCUCCUCCCCCCACGGGGGUAACAAGUAUGCGGACAGAAACCUUGACAAGGCUGCCACUGUGCUGGCUCCCCAAGGAGGGAGCCUUGUGCAGGCAGAGAACACCGUUCCCGGAAGGCGACCCCCAGGCAGUCCUUCCGUAGCCUCACACCCACCUCCCCCGUACCAGCCUCGAAACCCUGCCACUGCAAGUCCCACAGCCAGCAGCCACUCCUGGGCAAGGUAUACCACCCGCGCCCCUCCCAGCUUCUCCUCCACGACGCCUAUGCUUUCCUUGCGCCAGAGGAUGCAGCGAAGAUUCCGGACCCCGGUCUCGCGGCAGCCCCCCUCGAGACCCGUGCUGGCACAAGGUUACAAUGGAAGACCGAAUGUAGAAGAGAACAUACCUCCUGGUAGUAUUGGGAAGCCGAACGGACAGAGAAUUAUCAAUGGUCCUCAAGGAACAAAGUGGGUUGUGGACCUGGAUCGUGGGUUGGUCUUCAAUGCUGAAGGGAGAUAUCUCCAAGACUCACAUGGCAAUCCUCUCCGGGUGAGGCUCGGGGGAGAUGGUCGCACCAUUGUGGAUCUGGGAGGAACCCCGAUGGUGAGUCCCGACGGCCUCCCCCUCUUUGGGCAGGGGAGACAUGGCAAACCUCUGGCCAGUGCCCAGGAUAGACCCAUCUUGAGUCUCGGAGGGAAGCCCUUGGUGGGUUUAGAGGUCAUCAAAACAACCACCCCUCAUCCUCCUACCACAACCAUGCCUCCAACCACAACAACCACCACUGUGCCUACCACCACCACCCUUCAACCCCAAACCACCACGACCACCACCCGCCGGACCACCACCACCCGCCGGACCACCACCACCAGGCGUCCCACAACUACCAUCCGAGCUACCCGGAGAACAACUACCACUACCACCACUCCGGAACCUACCGCCCCUUCUCCUACCUGUCCCCCAGGGACCCUGGAACAUCAGGAUGAAGCUGGCAACCUCAUAAUGGGCUCAAAUGGGAUCCCAGAGUGCUAUCCCGAGGAAGAUGACUUCUCAGGGCUGGAGACCGACAGAGUGGCGCCCACAGAGGAGGACUAUGUCGUGUAUGACGACGAUUAUGGAUUUGAGACCUCGAGGUCACCGGCCACCAUCAUGCCCUCCACCACUGCUAUCACAUGGAAGGUUCUCCCAGAGCAAGGCACUGUCAGCUCCUUCCCAGAGGAGGAAUUCGAUCUGGCUGGAAAGAAACGGUUUAUUGCUCCUUAUGUGACCUACCUCAGUAAAGACCCCUCGGCCCCUUGUUCCCUGACCGACGCUCUGGACCACUUCCAAGUGGAGAGCCUGGAUGAACUCAUUCCGAACGACCUGACGAAGCAUGACCGGCCCCCUCAGCAUGCUCCCCGCAACAUCACCGUGGUCGCCAUGGAAGGCUGCCACUCAUUUGUCAUUGUGGACUGGAACAAAGCCAUCCCUGGAGAUGUGGUAACAGGAUACUUGGUCUACAGUGCCUCUUACGAGGACUUCAUCAGGAACAAGUGGUCAACUCAGACCUCAUCAGUGACCCAUCUGCCCAUUGAGAACCUGAAACCAAACACGAGGUAUUACUUCAAAGUUCAAGCCAAAAACCCUCAUGGCUAUGGACCUGUCAGCCCUUCCGUCUCGUUUGUUACGGAAUCAGACAACCCUCUGCUGGUCGUGAGGCCACCAGGUGGUGAGCCCAUCUGGAUCCCAUUUGCCUUCAAGCAUGACCCUGGCUACACGGACUGCCAUGGUCGGCAGUAUGUGAAGCGGACAUGGUAUAAAAAGUUCGUGGGGGUCGUUCUUUGUAACUCACUGAGGUAUAAGAUCUACCUCAGUGACAACCUCAAAGACACAUUCUACAGCAUUGGCGACAGCUGGGGCAGGGGAGAAGACCACUGUCAGUUUGUGGAUUCACACCUGGAUGGAAGAACAGGGCCGCAGGCUUAUGUAGAGGCCCUCCCCACCAUUCAAGGAUACUAUCGCCAGUACCGCCAGGAGCCCGUCAGCUUCGGCAGCAUUGGGUUUGGAACCCCCUACUACUAUGUGGGCUGGUAUGAGUGUGGCGUCUCCAUCCCAGGAAAGUGGUGAACGCGGGAUCGGCUCGUGCCAGCCCACCCUCCCGGCCGGCUUGACUAACUUGCACUAGGGACUGCGGACAAGAGGAAGACAGUGUUCCAAGCCUGCGGCCCCAGGGUGUCAGAAGGCCACAGGGUAGACACGGGCAUUUGGUCCUCUUCGGUUGGAAUUUGGCCACAUUUCUUGGUCUGGACUAUAAAUAGAAUUCAGUUCUGCUGAAACUUCAUUUGUAAUCGCACAUUCCAGAGACCUCAACCUAGCAGCAGAUCCGGUGUGACUUCCAGGCUCUUCCGGCACAAAAUUCGGGCACUCCCGGAUCUCCAGGGAAUAGCACCGGCAUGCUGUCCUUCCCCCACAGAAUGCUUUCUGCUUUCCUUGACUUCCAAUCAGCUGAGUUUAAGCCUCACGCCUGUUCGUGUGAAGAAGAAUUGGAAACACACUCUCUUUGAGAUUUAUAUGAAAGACUUAUCCACCACUGGGCUAAAUGCACCAAAUCUUAUUUGUAAAUUCUCAAUUUUGAUAUAUAUAUAUGUGUGUGUGUAUAUAUGCAUAUACAUACCUACACUCAUCAAGAAUAUCGAUUAAACUUGCUAAAUUUC